UUUUUUAAACUCCAAAGGCAAGUUUUUCAAAUAAAAUGCAAAACGUGUUCAAAUAUGAAAAAAGUGAAAAUGUGUUGGACGGUGUAAUUGGACGUAACACCCAAUACCAAUUUUUUUCCACUCGAACGGCGACGUGUUCCAACUUAUGGCGGUGCCACGUAAAACCACAAUUGACCCAUUAAACCAUUCCAACCAUUAGAUAAUUCAUCAUAUUUGCAAUAAAUUUCCCAAAAAAAUCAUCCACCAUUAAAAUUGCACAAUUCGCCAAAGAUAUAAAUCGCGCUUCAAAUAUUUCGACUAGUACUAGACAAGAUGCAAGUGCUUGUGUUCCUUGCGGUUUGUUUGCCCUUAGUGAUCAGGUCUGAGGACGAUGGUAGUUAUUCAUUUUAUAAGUUUCGGGGGCCAGUCAGCGGCCAAAUCCACCAAAUUCAGGUCCCUAGUCACUACCACAACCAACACUAUAGCCCCGAUUACGUCGCCAAACCGGACUAUUUAUAUUCAUACGGAGUCGAGGAUCCGGUCACCGGAAAUUCGCAAGCUCAUAAAGAGACAAGAGACGGAGACAGCGUUUUAGGCGAAUAUAAAGUACUGCAAGCCGAUGGCAUCCUAAGAAUUGUUAAAUACACCGCCGAUGGCACGCACGGCUUCAGGGCCACCGUCGAAUACGUCAAACCAUGAUAUGAGACUGCUUUUAUGUGAUUUAUUUUAAAAAACACGAGCCGCCACUGACAAAAAAUUCCGAUCAGGGUGCCUAUGAUUCCGAAAUUAAGUUGGCUACACUGGUUAUAAAACUCAAACAUGAUGGUCACUUUUAAUGCUGAUAUGGUGUCUUGAUUGAGCUUUAGAAAAAAUUGUAGUAUCUCAUAAUUUACGAAAUUCCCUAAAAUUGAAAGUAUUGUCGAGUGAAGUCAGAGCCGCCUUGGUCAGGAGUUUUCCUGCAUUUGCUGCAGUGUUUGCGAGUGUUAUUUUCGUUGUGUUGAAUAAAAAUGUAAAGCCCAUGAUUUGUGUUUGUUUCGCGUCUCUUCCGGUAGCCGAGACGUGCGAAAUUGCGCGUGAAAAGGAUAAAAUGUUCGUCGUUUAGAUAACUGAAAAUUAAAUGAAAAAGAAAACGCGAUAAAAUUUCUCUCCAAUGCUAUGUUUGAUAUGGACAUAAAGCGCGAGCUAGUUGGUUGUGCAUAUGCAUUACUUCCUGCCCUCGUGAAUCACACCGGGCAAUAAAACGUUCAGUAAACUCUUAUGUAAUUCGCAGCAGGACGCAGGAUUGUGAUCCUUUCGCUAUUUCAAUGUCAGGAAGUUCCUUGUAAUUGAAACAAUGCAAGGCCUGAGAUGGUCGUUUCGAAACGUCCUGGUUUAUUUCCACAAAUUUGGGACCCUAACCAAGCAAUUUUUCAAUUGUCAACAGUUAUUCACUAAUGGAAAAACAUACUUUCAUUGGGUCAUCUGCUCGUUUAAUAGAAUGGCUUGUAUGUAACUAAGACAGUAACUAAAAUCGAAAAUGAUUACUGUUAAGAAAUGUAUUCCCAACCAACUUAUUUAGAUUCUUUUAACUCUUUUGUGAUAUCUUGUAAGUAACGUAAGAUAAUUUUUACUUUAUUCUGGUUUUAUUAAAGUAUGUUGGUACUACUCAUAAGCAACGUUAAUAUGUUUCUUAAAAAACAUGUUGAAUAAGCAAAAAAACAAUAUUGCUUUUUACUACUAUAACUAAGAAGAGUUGCAUUUUAUUUUGAGCAGUUAGAAAAUUACUAAUUUUUGUAAUCAAAACUAGCCAUAAACGAAUUCCUGAUAAAAGUUAAAAAAAUAUUUUACACAUUUA